CUGCAAAGUUGUUGGCUUCAGAAAGAAAAGGAAGUGACAUUGUGAUUUUGUGUGACUAACAUUGAAAAUCUGUGUAAGAUUUACCUUCACUCACUGGUAUUCAUUUAUGAAACAGAAUCCUAGAGGCCUUCAUGUGGAGAAGCUUUUUUGAUAUGAGACGCAAGUAAAUUUGGAUAAGACUCAUGCUUUGUGGCUACACUAUUGAACAUAUCAUAAGAAGAUGGCUAACAUUGUCAGGGUUUCAGGAAACAAUGAAACCUGUAAAAGCCCCAUUGACAUGGAUCUCUUCUUGCAUUACUCUCUCAUACCAUCGGCAUUCAUCAUAUUGGUGCUUUCCUUCCUGCACAGAAGAAUCAACAAAAUGCGACUUGAUGAAAAAAUGGCUCUUCUCAACAGACGCUUUGGCCUGGUUAUGCCUUUGGAUUUUAUCGGAACUUUCAGUAACCGUUGGUCUUAUGGAUUUGCUUUUGGGGGGAUGGCAAAUAAAGUUAUGAUCUUGUUUUCAGAAGAAUAUUUGCCCUUUCAAGCACCAACGUGGGCUAAAGCUAUUGUGGUUCUAGUUGGUGCACUUGAAGUAGGUUUUUCUUACUACCCAAUAUUCGCCUGCCUGUCAACUGGCUUCAAACUUGUUGGAUCAGUAUUAGGAUUUUUAUACACCCUGACUUGGUUCAUACUCUCUGUUUGGGAUAUUGCAAGUUGUCCAAAUGGAGAGAUAAUUGGUGACUAUCAGAAGCUCAUUAUCAACUGGCCUUCAUUGUUAUGCCUUGCUUUCCUGAUGGCACGCUUUGUCCACAUAUUUGUAAAAGCUUUGUCAGUGCAUUUAGGAUUAGUGGCAGGAACAACAGAAGCAAGCACUUUCUUACAGGAGCAUCAAACGCAACAUGUUCUGCAGCUGCUAAAGAAAGUCAUUAACAAAAAUAAGCAAAAGUCCUGGUUCCAACUCAAAAUAUAUGACUGGGAUCCACAUUUUAAGUAUCCAAGCCGAAUGGUUGGCACUGCAGUCUUAGCACUGAUCUGUCUCUACAUCUUUGUAGUUGUUGAAUACUACUCAGUCAUGAAUUAUGCUUUCAGUGUCUUAAAUCUGCUUAAAGAAGAAUUUGAGAAGUUGAUGAGUUUCUCCAAUGACACACAACAGUACUUACCUUCAAUUGUUCAGAUGGAAGAAUUUGUUAGUGUCGCACAAACCACCUGGACAAUUACAACCUUUCUUUCUUGUGGCACUUCCGUCAGCUAUGUAAUCCACAUUUUGGUCUGUUACAGAAAACACAUCAAGAGGUUAUGGGUUGGAGAAAGAAGUUUUUUGGCUGUAAAAUUUCAGACACCCAAGUCUUCUGAAAGUGUGGCUGCCAUAGCAAGAUACUCUGGCUGGCAGAUUGCAUACAUUAUGUGGGGUUAUUUCAUAAUGCACAUUGUCCAGUUCCUCUUUGGGUUGUUUGUUGCGUACAGUUUUGCUCUUCCAAUCAAGCAUGGACAGGGGUUACAGAUGUUGAAAGGAUAUGGAAUUGGUGUCCUCACCAUUGGAAUUGUGAUCGCACUUAUGAUAAUACAAGUUAUGAUGGCUUCCACAUUCUUCCUUCAAAAAAAGAUAUCACCUGAAGACAAGGGAAAACCACUGGCACUGAACAACAGGAAAGCAUUCCAUACCUUCAAUUAUUUCUUCUUCUUUUACAAUGUGAUCCUGGGUAUAGGGGCCUGCUUGUUUCGACUACUCUGUAGUUUUGUCCUGGGGACAUGGCUGGUUGCUCGAAUUGACCGGACAAUCAUGCAAAAGGGACAUGAGUCACCAGACAUGGGAUAUGCCACAUGGGUUGGCAUGAUAUUUGUCGAUCAUUACCACACCAACCCUGUCCUUGUCUGCUUUUGUCAUAUUCUGUUGAAAAGUCAUUAUGAAAGAAAACUGCAGAUUUAUCCAGAGUAUUCAUUCUUUCCAAGAUCCUCAGGAACCUCAAGAGUAUCUCCAAGAGCUCGCACCAGAUGGCUAUUACUCUACACUCUCUUAAAUAACCCUAAACUGAUCCUUCUGCGGAAACAGCAAUCCGAGUGUAACUCCAGAGAGAUAGAGCCUCAUGGAAUGGCACGUGACAAGCUAGCACUGGCUUAUGUAUUUGCUGCUAACUGGGAAAAUAUUUGUGAGACACCUCAUGAAGCACAUUGUGUGAACCUCAGUCAGGUCAGAGUGAGGGUAUCCCAUGAUGCUGAGAAUGAAUCAGGGGAUAAGAUGCAGACCAUAGCUGAUGCUGUGGAUUCUGAUACUGGAAGUAUCUAACUGCACUUUGAACUGAACGCCUUAUCACUUAUUUGUUAUAUAUAAUGAUGGGAUCCGGACACAUGCUCGACUAGCAUAUGUCCGAAUCACAAAACAUUGAACACACAUACACGA